AUGCUGUUCUCGCUGCGGGAGCUGGUGCAGUGGCUGGGCUUCGCCCCGCUGGAGCUGCUGCUUCAGGGGCUGGCGCUGCUGGCCGCCUCGGUGCUGCUGGUGCUGAAGGUGGACGGCGAGGCCGGCUCGGGCUCGGUCUCGGGGCUGAGCUGGUGGGGCGUCUUCGGGCCGUUCUUCGCGGCCGACGGGCUGAGCACCUACUUCACGGCCAUCGUCUCGGUGCGGCUCUUCCAGGACGGCGAGAAGCGGCUGGCCGUGCUCCGCCUCUUCUGGAUCCUCACCCUCCUCAGCCUCAAGUUCGUCUUCGAGAUGCUCCUCUGCCAGAAGCUGGGCAGCCAGCAGAGCCAGGAGCUCUGGUACGGCCUCAUCAUGUCCCCCGUCUUCAUCCUGCUCCAGCUCCUCAUGAUCCGCGCCUGCAGGGUCAACUAGGACCAGAAGCAGGGGGACCCCCCUCGGCCCUCGGCCUCCAGGAGGGAGAGGGAAAGGAUGGGGAAGGCCAGGACACCCCCAGCCUCAGCCUUUUCCUCCCGGCAAGGAAGACUCAGAGGGACCGAGGUGGAACAGAGUGGCCCCCGCCUUCCCCCUCCAUCUGCUCAUGCUCUGUUCCUAGAGGGCCAGCGAGGGAGUUGAGCAAGAGGACCCCCCCAAGGGCACACACAGCUCCGCCUUUUCCUCCUGGAAGGAAAGGCCCAGAGAGACGGACUUGGAAGGGCCUUGGAAGACGCUGUGCUCCUAGAGGGCCAACGAAGAGAGAAGAGGAGAGAGAGGCCAGGGCCUGUCCUUCUCUUUAGGAGGCCCCUUCCCGCUGGAUGGCCCUGGGGUUGCACCCUCCUGCAGAGACUCAGACCUGGAAGGGAAGGGCCUCUCUCCCGUCUCCGUCCUCCUCCGCUUCCUCUGCGGAGUCCACUGGGAGGGAGGAGGAGGAGGGAUGCCCAGGAGGCCAAGGACAACGUUCCAGAUGGGAGGCCCAGGCCUGGCUUGCGCUUGCGGGAGGCGCAGAUCCGUGAUUGCCCUGGGACUUCUGCUGCGCCGGCAGGAGCGGAGCCAGGCCCGAUGGGAGGUGGUUAGUUCCGAAUAAACAUGUAAACGUG